GGCCAUAUUUGGCAGUGAGGAUGAGCCCGAGACAGACACCCGUGAGGGCGCCAUGGCCGACGCCGUCAUCGAGGCGACGCCCUUCGGACUGCCCGCGUCCGUCGUGCCGCGGCCGGCCCUGGUCGACAUGGGCAUGCGGGAGCUGCGGGAGGUUGUAAUGCAGCCCGCGCUGCAGAUCGCAGAGCGCGCG